UUUUGCGUUAAUAGGGUUUACCUAGCAAUAUCCGCUCCCUGUGGUCGAGCUUCCCAGCCCAUCGAACGGCGCGAGACGGCGGAGCGCUGGUGAGACGCUUCGGAGGACAAUUGUUGAUUCUGAAAUUAACCGAAACUAUUACAAUUGAAAUCCGCUCCCUGUUUAGCUUCUCUAUCGGAAAUCAGCUGAUCGAAACAGAGUGCAGAUCAUUCAAUUUAAGGUCUUCGUCUUCGGUCUUCAAACUAAUUUGAAACCCUUAUCAUCUACUCCACAUUCAAACUGCUCAGAGCUUCUAGGGUCACUCACGUCAGGAGAGAUCAAAGUCAUAGCCAACUUCAAUCUCCAUUGUCACCAUGACUCACAUUUCCUGCUCAUCAAAGCAUUUAUGUGUUGAUAUGUGUAUCAGUAUGGGAUCAAAAGUAUUGCAUUAGGCUGUUGUACUCAGAUUUAAUCAGGUUAAGUGGUGGGAAUUGUAGAGAAAAUAAGGAAAACAAGAAGGAAGAUAAUUUCAUAGUGUAGCUGUGAAAAUGGCAAUUGGAUUUGAGGGUACAAAACAAUAUUAUGCUACUUGCACUGUUGUGUUGGGCUAUGCUUUAUGUUCUAGCUUGCUUGCGGUGAUCAACAAGUUUGCAAUUACCCACUUCAAUUACCCAGGGCUUCUCACUGCAUUGCAGUACUUCACCUCAGCUCUGGGUGUUUGGGUUUUGGGGAAGCUAGGGCUGUUGCACCAUGAUGCGUUCACAUGGGAAACUGCUAAGAAAUUCUUGCCUGCUGCCUUUGUGUUUUUCUUGGCAAUAUUCACAAACACAAAUCUUUUAAGCCAUGCCAAUGUGGAUACAUUUAUAGUGUUCAGAUCAUGUACACCCCUUUUGGUUGCCUUAGCUGAUACAGCAUUUAGGAAGCAACCAUGGCCUUCAAAGUUAACAUUUCUAUCGUUGGUCAUUAUUUUGGGAGGUGCUAUUGGAUAUGUUGCAACAGAUUCAGGUUUCACGCUGACUGCUUAUUCAUGGGCAUUUGCUUAUUUGGUGACCAUUACUACCGAGAUGGUUUACAUCAAGCAUAUAGUGACCAACCUUGGACUAAAUACUUGGGGAUUUGUGCUGUAUAACAAUUUGCUCUCGUUGAUGAUAGCUCCUUUGUUUUGGAUCAUUACUGGGGAGUUUACACAAGUACUUGUUUCCAUGGGAUCUGGCACAGGGAAUUUAUUCAACCCCGUUGCGUUUUCCGCGGUGUCGCUCUCCUGUGUGUUUGGUUUGCUCAUUAGUUUCUUUGGCUUUGCAGCAAGGAAGGCAAUAUCUGCGACUGCCUUUACUGUGACAGGUGUAGUAAAUAAGUUUUUGACAGUUGCAAUUAAUGUCGUCAUCUGGGAUAAGCAUGCCAGUCCUUUCGGGCUGCUAUGUUUGCUGUUUACCAUUGCUGGUGGUGUUGUUUAUCAGCAGUCAGUUACUGGGGUUAGCAGCGCUCCAUCACAGCGGGAAAUUAAGAACCAUGCCAACAACUAUGCAGAUGGCGAUGAAGAAAAGGGCGUUUCUGGUAAAAUAUCUGGUGUAUGAGUAUUUUAACAUACUCCAACUAUUCCUAGUAAGGCAACUCAUUCAUUAUGGAUUUUGAUUAUUACUUUACCAGAUUAUAGCAUUGCACUGCACUGCAGUGGUAUUCUUGAAAAUUUUUUGAUUGGAUCUUUCUUACAAUGACCUUUUUAAUGAACUUUACUUAUUUGCCUUAGUUAUAAUAUUCGGUUUUCAGUUUUC